CUGGAGGGGCUCAGGCUAGGCUCUAUGGCUUUGGGGGCAGAUGGCUGGAGCGUGGAGUCCGGGCUGGUGUGUGCAGUUUUGUCGGCGUGUGCUUUCUUGCACGUAUGUCUUGCGGUGCACACACGAAUGUUUGUUUUCUGUGGCUGGCCCGAGUGUGGGUGCGUGCGUCUGUGUGUCCGCGUUACGGUGGCCGCCGGAAUGCAGGGUGUGCGUGCCCGAGUGACGAGCGCAGCCGUGGACGUUUGGCUCAGGAGGCAUCACACCCAGGUCCCGUCUGUGUAGUCGUGAUGAGGUGUGGCCCAGUUGUGUGGUGUGGAGGACAGAAGGGCGGAUGGGUUUGUGUGUGUGCUGGUGAGCUUCCUGGGGGCCGCGCGCCUGGAACUCAGACCUGCCGGUGGCGGGGCAGCCGGUGUGGGUCAGGGGCCCGGGGCGGCCCACGCGAGGUGCGCCCGUGCCCACGGCCGAGCACAGGAGAGGUUGCGUGUUUGCAACACCCCCACGGGAUUCUUUUGUGACGUUGUGGUGGGAGGCUGUCGGGGCUGUCGGGCUGGGAGGCAGGCUGGUCAGAAAACCCCCGGGGAGGCGGUGGCGUGACCCGGGCGCCUGGGCCUCAGACCCGGGGCAGGGGGGCAGUGGGAAGCUUUGUGUGCUUGACCCGGCCGGGCUGCCUGGGGAGGUGGGAAACUCCGGAGGUAAAUGCCAGCCGGGGCAGGAGCAGGCACAGGCCGGGUGGCAGAGCUCGUCUUCCGCAGGGUCUCCGUCUGCCCCUCACCCGGCGCGUAGGGGAGAGAGGAAAGCCCUGGCGCCUGCAGGGGAAGUGAGCCCAGACAGCGGUGUGUGACUUUUGUCACCAAAAUGGAAAAGGGGAUGGCGAAGCCUCCAGUCUCCUCCCCCUCGCUCUGCCCGCUCCCCGUCUCUGCCCCCCUUGCGGUGUCUCCUGUGACUCGGAAGGGCUCCGGGCCGGACCUGCUCACUCAGCAGAUUCUUUGGAACAGGUUUCCCUCACCUUUGGGGCCCGGGCCCUUGAGUGCGUGUGGGCGAUAGGCGGGCGCCGCUCCCUCCGUUGGCGUGCAACAGAGUGGUUCCGCCCGGGCCGCGGGUGCAGUGAGGUGGGAGGCCUCGGCAGAGCGUCCGGAGUGGCUUUCCUGAGGCCGUAGGACAGGUGCAGGCCAGGAGCGUGGCAGGGACGCGUGCCCUGGUGCCUAUGCAGCUCCCUCACUGGAACCUUCUCCGGCGCCCUGGUCCUCAUCCGUCCGGCCGGGCUGCUGACCGCUCUGCCCAGCUCGGGCAGCUGAUGUGCGGCACCAGAGGCCACGCCGUGCCAGCCCCUGCCAGCCCCGCCGCCGCGCACAGUCCCGGCUUCGCGGGCAGCGGGAGUCAUAAACAGCCACGCACUAACUGCUCAGGCCCGCUUCCCAGGCUUUUCUGUACCGUCACUCAUCCGUUCCUCUCGCCGGCACUCCGACCUCCUCACUUGUUCAGGCCACGCAGCUGAAACCCAGAGGAGUUCAGGCCUUUGCCCACGUCACUUGGGUAGUGAGCGGCGGUUAGUCUCCAGAGUCUGUGCUCCUGACCUCCGCCCGUCCCUGCUUUUCUGGAGCGGGCACGUGACAACACAUACCACCAUUUUUGUAGAACAUCAGUUUUUUUCCCUUCUUUUCUUUCUUGGAGACAGGGUCACACUCUGCAGCCAAGCCAAGACUAACCUCUGAUUUUUGGCAGUCUUUUUGCUUCAGCUUCCUGACUACUAGGCUCAAGGUUUAAACUAGCACACCUGGCUCCCCGAUAAAUUUUAAUUUUUUUAAAGAUUUAUUUCUCUUAUGUGCAUGAAGAUUUUGCCCAUAUGUAUGUUUGUGCCUGGUGCCUGAGGAAGUCAGGAGAUGGUGCAGCUGGGCUUACACGUGGCCCAGAGCCUGGGCACUGUGGAUGAUGCUGACUGUGGAUGAUGCUGGGAACUGAACCUGGGUGGUCGUCAAGCUCUCAACUGCUGAGCCAUCUUUCCAGCCCUUUACCAACCUACUUUUGAAGCCCAGUACUCAUGGGGAGUGCUCUCAGGAAUCCCAGGCCAGGGUGUGAGAACCUGAGUGUCUGUGGCUUGCCUUGUUGUGGCUGGUUGUGGGGCCCGUAAGGUUGAUUAAUCAGAAGGAAAGAUUGACCUUGUCCCAGGGGUCAUAAAGGGCAAAGGAGGAGAUGCAUUUUAGUUCAGGCCUAACGGUUUGUACAGAUGUUGGACAGAGGCUAAGGAAAGGGCAUAAAGAGUGUGUAUGUGUGUGUGUGUGUGUGUGUGCACUCGCAAUGCACUUGAAUGUGAGGUUUCAGUCUACUGCUCAUGUGGAGGCUGGAGCAAGACAUUGCUUGCCUUCUGUCACCUCCUGCCUUGUUGCCUUGAGAAAAUGUCUGACAGUGACCCAAAAAUUGCCAUCUUGGCUAGAAUGACCAGCCAGUGAACCCUCGGCCUGCUUUGCCCGUCAGUGCCGGGGUGCUGCGCACAGAGCCGUACCCCAGCUUUAUAUGUGGGUGGUAGAGAUUUAAACUCCAGUGCAACUCUCACAGAACUGUCUCCCCAGGCCUUUUUCUUUUGAAUUGCACUUAUCAUCUGUGUAUGCACAGCCUGUGCGGACGUCAGAGGCGAGCUUGCAGGGUGGCGGCUCCCCUUCUGCCACAUAGGUCCUGGGGGUGUCUUUACCCUCUGAGUUAGCUUGGCCACCUAGCUUUUGUAUUUCUGAGGCGGGGCUUCCGUAUGUAGCCCAGCUUGGCCUUGAACUCUGUGCGGUCCUACUCCAGCCUCCUGAGUGCUGGGAUUGUGGGCUUGAGCGAACAGACCCAGAUUCCGAAGGCCGCUCUCAUCCUGGGAGUUAAACUAAACUGCAGCUAGUGCUGAGGACACUCAGGGGAGACAGCAGGGAGGGAGAGAGAGAGCUACAGGUAAAGAGAUAGCUCACGGCCCAUGGCCUUGACCCGUGCUGGUGUUGACAAGGCCUGGAAUGCCUUUGGCAGCUAGAGGGGCCAGAGAAAGCUUGCAAGCCAUUUCCACUCGGCUCCAGCCAGACUUGGUGACGGCUGGAUUUGGGAACCAGGGGAAGGGUGGAGUCAGAUGUGACACAGUUAACGCUUAGCACGUGAGGGUUUGUGUGGUGAUUUAUGUAACCAGCUGGCCUGCUGUAGGCUCCUCAGGGCAAGAUCCAGCAGCAUGGCAGAGGGAAAGACUCGCCAUCCGGGGUCCUCCAAGCCUGGAUUCAAGUUUUGGCACUGUUACGUACAAUCUGUGUGACCUCGAACAAGGUUUAUUCUCUAAGGACAAGGCCGGGCGGAAGGGAGUUGCUGAGCCGCUACUCUGCUUCAUGUUGGCUAUGUUCUCAGGCUGGCACCAUGCCACCCCCUGCAGAGGUGACGGACCCGUCCCAUGCCCCAGCUGUCCUGCGUCAGCUCAAUGAGCAGCGGCUCCGUGGCCUCUUCUGCGACGUCACGCUCAUCGCGGGAGACACCAAGUUCCCCGCGCACCGCAGUGUCCUGGCUGCCUCCAGCCCCUUCUUCAGAGAGGCCCUGCUAGCUUCUGCCCCGCUGCCCCUCCCGCCGGCCCCCGGAGGCUCGGCCCCCAGCCCCGCCACCACCGCGGCCUCCUCCCCGCCUCCAGCCUCGCCUCACUCCUCCCCUCCCCGGGUCCUGGAGCUGCCCGGGGUCCCCGCGGCUGCCUUCUCCGAUGUCCUCAACUUCAUCUACAGCGCCCGGCUUGCUCUCCCCGGGGGUGGCGGCAAUGGGGCGGCUGUGGCGGAGAUUGGGGCCCUGGGGCGCCGCCUGGGUAUCUCCCGCCUGCAGGGCCUGGGGGAGGGAGGUGAUGCCUGGCUGCCGCCGGCCCCGGCGCCCGUGGCCGCCUCUCGGCCCGGGGAGGACGGUCUGGGGCCUAGGCCGGAAGGCGAGUGGGAGGGAGACAAGGCUGAGGCCCAGGCUGCCGACCCUCAGGCCUCCCUGCCCCGGCGGCCCUGCCCCUGCCCCCGGUGCGGGAAGAGCUUCAUCCACCCCAAGCGCCUGCAGACCCACGAGGCCCAGUGCCGCCGGGGGGCCAGCGCCCGGGGGUCGGCGGGGCCGGGCGCCGGGGGGCCCGCGGGGGCGGAGGCCUCGGCCCUGCCGCCGCCGGGGGGCUUCAGGGACGGCCCUGAGCACGUGGUGAAGGUGGUGGGCGGCCAUGUGCUCUACGUGUGCGCGGCCUGCGAGCGCUCCUACGUGACCCUGUCCAGCCUGAAGCGCCACAGCAACGUGCACUCCUGGCGCAGGAAGUACCCCUGCCGCUACUGCGAGAAGGUGUUCGCGCUGGCCGAGUACCGCACCAAGCACGAGGUGUGGCACACCGGGGAGCGCAGGUAUCAGUGCAUCUUCUGCUGGGAAACCUUUGUCACCUAUUAUAACCUGAAGACCCACCAGCGAGCCUUCCACGGCAUCAGCCCCGGCCUCCUAGCCAGCGAGAAGACACCCAAUGGAGGCUACAAGCCCAAGCUUAACACCCUCAAGCUGUACCGCCUGCUCCCCAUGCGGGCAGCCAAGAGGCCCUACAAGACCUACAGUCAGGGAGGCCCCGAGGUCCCCCGUUCCCCAGGCCUCCACACACUGGCCCCUGCAGCAAUGCCAGCCAGCCCCCCGCCCCUCCCGCGCCCUGCCCCCAAGCCCGGGCCUCCUGCCUCUGUCAUCAGCUUUGCCCACCCAGCUCCCUCCGUCAUUGUCCACGGGAGCAGUGGCAGUGGCGGAGCUGGGGGUGGACCAGCCGGCACAGGAGGCUCCCAAGCUGCCUCAGUCAUCACUUACACGACUCCCCCGAGGCCCCCCAAGAAACGCGAGUACCCACCUCCGCCCCCUGAGCCCGCAGCAAUACCCAGCAGCCCAGCCUCUGCCAUCGCCGGCAGCCCCGCCACAGCCACCGAGGAGGCCAAGGGCCGGAGUCUGCGGGCUGGGAGGACUCUCACCUACACAGCCAAACCCGUGGGUGUUGGUGGGAGCGGGGGCUCCCCCACAGGGACCGGCCGAGGCUCCUCUCAGCUUCAGGCUCCACCUCCGCUGUGUCAGAUCACUGUGCGAAUUGGGGAGGAGGCCAUUGUCAAGCGCCGCAUCUCAGAAACUGACCUGCGUCCUGGAGAGCUGAGUGGAGAGGAAGGAGAGGAGAGUGAGGAAGAGGAGGAGGACGAUGAGGAGGAUGAGGAGGAGGACCAGGAGGAAUCGAAGGCUGGAGGGGAAGAUCAGCUCUGGAGACCCUACUAUUCAUACAAGCCUAAGCGGAAGGCUGGAGCCUCGGCCAGCGGGGUCAGCGGACUGCCCCGAGGACGAAGGCCUCCACGCUGGAGGCAGAAGCUGGACAGAAGGGGCUGGGAGGAGGGCCCAGCAGCGGAGGGCCCAGCAGGACGGGGGCGUGUUGAGCGGAGGCACCGGUGUGACGACUGCGCCCAGGCCUUUGCCACCCUGAGGAAGCUGAGAAAGCACCAGGAAGGCCACGGAGGGAGCGCGCACAACCCCAGGACUGGGAGGAGGGCUUCCGCCCGCUUCGCCUGCCCCCACUGUGCCAAGGUGUGCAAGACAGCAGCUGCCCUCAACCGACACGGGCAGAGGCAUGCUGUGGAGAGGCCCGGGGGCACUCCCACGCCCGUCAUCGCCUAUUCCAAAGGCGGCAUUGGUCCCAGGCCCAGUGACGUGAAGGAGGAGGCCCCCCAAGAGAUGCAGGUGUCCUCAUCCAGCGGGGAGGCGGGAGGCGGCGGCGCUGCCGAGGCCUCUGAGACCGCCUCACUGCAGGACCCCGUCAUCUCUGGGGGCGAGGAGCCCCCAGGAGCAGGUGGGGGCUGCUAUGUGUACCCCCCCGUGCAGGAAUUUCCCUUGGCCCUGAUAGGAGGCAGCCGGGAGCCCGGUGGUGGCCGAGGAAAACCUAGGAAUGAGGGGCCGGGGGGCGCUUCCGAGGGAGACCGGAGGGAGGGGCUAGGGACUGCCAAAGUCACCUUCUACCCGGAGCCCUACCCGCUCGUGUACGGCCCCCAGCUCCUCGCCGCCUACCCCUACAACUUCGGCAACUUGGCUGCUCUGCCAGUUGCUCUCAACAUGGUCCUACCGGAUGAGAAGGGUGGCGGGGCCCUCCCCUUCCUCCCCGGGGUCUUUGGCUACGCAGUGAAUCCUCAAGCAGCACCUCCCACUCCACCAACCCCACCUCCCCCGACCCUUCCUCUGCUGGUUUCCCCGAAGGGGGUGGGGGAAACGGCGGGGGUUGAGAGAACCCAAGCAGGCGAUGUGGGGUGAGCGCUAAGGCCAGGCCCCCUGGCAGACGCCACCCUCCCCGGCCCCCACCACCAUCAGCUCCCUGGCCUCUCUGCCCCUCGGGAACCCCAUCACAUUCUUGUGCAGGGAUUUGGGGCCCCUGGAGCUCAGGAGUCAGGCUGCUUUGUGUGAUUGUAGUUCCCCUGUCCCCCUGAGAAGGGAGUUCUCGGUGGUCCCCCUCUCAGUCUUCUCCAGGGAACGGCCCCUGUGAGGGGAAGAGCCAGCUCCCAUCCCUUCUCCAGCCCUUGGGGCAACUGAGCAAUAUACCUGUCUGAAUCUCUACUUACAGCCCCACCAGCUCUGAAUGUCUAACCUGCUCCCCUGAUCUAAGCCUAGGGGGAACCAUCUCUCUAACCUAAUGAUGCCUGCUGUUCUGACGCUUCCUCUAAGCCCUUCCCAGCACAUUCCAUUCUUCGCGGCCCAGGGCCUGGACCAGACCAUUGUGAUAAUCUGACCCACCAGCCUGGAAGCAUGGCUUUGGAUUCCGUUCUUCCCAAGGGUGGGUUUCUCUGUCCUUGUUUCCUUCCUGUUACGAUGCCGUGCUUUCCUUGGCUUCCAUGCCUUUGGAUCUUCCAUCUUCCUUCCUGUGCUCCUAGACUCUGGAGAUGGCCUUAACCCACUCCAGGUCAAAAGGAGUUGGGAGGUGUCCUACAGCUGAGCACUUUUUCAGUACAGGGCAGGGAAAUCUUGGGCCCUACCUUUACCCUCAAAUCCAGUGACUCCAGAUUCUUCCAAGACAAAAGAGGUGAAUAGAUCCUAUCUCUUCCCGCCUUUAUAUGUGGCUUCAUUGGGGCUAAACCAACUUUGAGCACCAGGUAUGAAGCAGUCCAUAUAGAGUGGAGAAGAGAACCUACUUUCUCCCUGCCAACUCCUCCUUAUGGUUUCUCCUAGAUUAGACCAAAUAGCCAGAAAAUUGAUGGGGGUUUGAUGUGUGGGUUAGACCCAGAUUUGCACAGAGCCUUCCAUCCUUACCUUUGCCCUGUGUCCUCUGUUGUCACUGUCCUCAGCAAUCACUCCAGAUGGUUUUGAGGGAACCAUCCUCCUCUUCUGGUGGGCUUUGGGGUAUCCCCACCAACUUUGCCUCCAAAAUAGCACCUUAUACCCCAUCUUUGACUCAGUUCCCCACACCCAAAGAUCCCAGCCUCGGGAUGGGGUGCAGGGAUUUUAAGUAGUCCCUAACCCCUGAUUUGCACUAGUUAACCCUGGUCAGGGGUCCUGUGUUUCCUUCCAGUGGGGAAGAUGAGGAAAUGUUUCUUCCUAAUUCUCUUUGAAAAUGUGGCCUCCCAGAUGUGUGAUUGAUGGGUAUUUUCCAUACUACCCACCUCCCUCCCCCACCAAAAAAAAAAAAAAAAAAAGCUCACAAGGGGAGAGCCAGUUUGGGGGAGCAAAUCUGAUGUGGGAAUUAGAGGAGUAUAACUUUAAAAAGGAGAAAGACUGUUUUAAUCAAAAUGACAGUCUUUCUCUCAGCUACUGUUUUCUGGGGCCAAGAUGGCUGCCCUCUGAUGAGCUGUGGAGAGGGCAAGAUCAUGGCUUUUGGAGGGAGGUGAGCUUGGGAAGGCCAGGAGCGUCUUCCUCCCCCUCCUGGCCUCCCGGUAUAAGGAGGGGAGGUUUUGAUAGGCUUCCUGAAUGUUAACCACGGAGGGGUCACUCUAGUCCUCCUCUGUCUCUUUGCACUUUUCUUGGUCUUGGCCACAGCCUGAGUGAAGAAUUUCCUACUGAAUGUACCAAGUUCCAGUUUUUAAGGGGGAAAAAGUUUCAAACAGGGAAAAAUGAAAAAAAAAAAAAAAAAAAAGAAAAAGAAAAAAAUCACUAAAAAUUCCCAUAAAUCUUAUUUCUGGCACUUUAGAAAAACUGCAAAAAAUACAUAAUAAAGAAUACAUAUAUAUAUAUACACACAAAUUAUAUAUAUAUAUAUAAUAUAUCUAUAUAUACAGUGGAACCACAAGAGAGACUGAGGAAGGCCUGUGGGCAGGGGGCAGAUGUGACCACAGUCCCCUUACCAUUCACCUGCACUCCUCUGAGGAAGGCAGGAGAGUAGAAGGGCUGAAAAUGGACACGGGAAUUUGAAUUUCAGAAAAGAUAAAAAUUCCAAAAACAUGGGAUGUUUGAGAUUAUAAGUGGUUUUUUUUUUUGUUUGUUUGUUUGUUUUGUUUUGCUUUAAUAUGGGUAAGAAGAAUAGCUUCUAGAAUUUGGCAACAAAGUUGUGGCAAAGCAGAAACUUAAAAAUAUGUAUUUGAGCUGGAAGGCUUCAAUAUUGUGAGUUUCAGGUGUUGGAAAUUUGGGGUUUUGCGAUUUUGUCAUUUGGAGAUGAUCAAGUCUUGUCAAUCUGUGCCCUCUUUCCCCGUGUCCCUUGGGGAGAAGGGAUAGAGGGGAAGGCUGCUGGUUCUGUGCCACAGCAAGACUUAGGCCUCUGCAGACUAGCUCUCUACGUAGUGAGGACCCAGACUUAGAGAAACUGACCAAUAUUUAGCUCCAGAUUUGUGUGUGUUCCCAAUCUCUAGGCCAAUAAACCAACGAGACAAACGAA